UAUAGUUAAACGUAUAGUAGAUAAACUACAAAAAUAAUGUAUUUCAAACUUACUUUUUUCUUAAUAGCCUCUGUUUUGAUUGCCAAUGUAGUGGGACCAGAAACAGGCGAAAGGAGCGACACCGACAUAACGGAUAUGACAAUUUCAACCGCGGACCUUGAGAACGAGCUUAUGCGUAGAAUUUUUGUAAACAUUUUAAGCAAAAAUGAACUACCAUAUUAUGAUUACAGUACUAUUAAUCUGGUAAUGUUUCGUGACUACUUGAACGAUUCUGAAAUGAGUGAAUAUGUAUUAAACAAUUGCCGUGUGAGCGGUUCCCUUAACAAUUUGACUGGCCAAAUAUCACUAGGAGAAUUUAUACAUUUAAUAAGAAGUGCAACUAAACUUUCUAAAUUUAAUACAGUAAAUGAAUUUACCGAGCCAUUGAUGCUAAAUGAAACACUGAAUUGUAACACUGAAGUAGUAAUAAUUAUAGAUUAGUCUGCUGCUUGCAAUGUUUAUAAAUAUUACAUUCAAACCUUCA